AGAGUUUUAGUAUAUUCAACAUGUUGCGUUUAUCGUACCCAACUUUCAAAUGGUCUAUUAUUUUUUUCAAACUUACAGUUUUGGUUAUUGUAUGUACACUGUUUACCUUCCAUUAAAUAGCAUGUUUUUUUUACAUGGUAGUCAUAUAAGUUGCCACAUCAUCAACUAGUUGCGGAAGUUUACAGUUUUUCAGAUAUUAGAUAUGAAGAAUAUAAAAGUUUGAUAGAUACCGUAGAUGUAUCAAAGCUUGAUACACACAACAGCAAAGCGUGACAUAUUGAAUACAUUUUGGUGACUUAUCCCAUAGACCAGUCAAGAUUUUUUUUAUUGUACUAAAGAUCAACCGGCUUUUCAUUCUAACUCAUAAUUUACCUUAAGGAGAUUUCCAUCAUUCUGACAUGUUUUUUGGACGAAAUCGUAUCAUGUGAAACCAAAUAAGUAGUUUCAAUAGACGAGUCGUUGAAUACUUGGAAGGCUAAUGCCAACUCUUUUGGUACCUCUCGUGCAUGCUCGUCCUUUAAGUCAUUAUCGAACAGAAUGUUGCAUUGUUGCAAUUCGAAAAACAGGUAUGAGAAGCUGGACAAUGAGCUUGAAAGGAAAUUGAUGGAAGUCAAGCAAAGAUAUAAACCAGGAAAUAGCAAUAUCAGAUCUAUCAAUAGCAUAAUUCUGAGGUUUCCUCAGAUCAGAUUUGGACUGGAAGAGAUCAGAGGCGUAUUUCGACAGUUUGAUACUGAUUCCAAUGGAAAUAUCAACCGUGCUGAACUCACAAAAUGCUUACAAAAGUUGCAAUUCAAUUGCACAGAGCAUGAAAUCGAUGACAUAUACGAGUCUUGUGACUUGGGUGGGAGCAAAGGCAUGAGAUUUAAUGAGUUCAUCGUUGUAUUGUGCCUUAUCUAUAUCUUAGUGGGUACUUCCUCUUCAAGCCCUACGGCAACAACAAUGGGAUCUCUGGAGCUUAAAGCCACAUUUGAUAGCAUUAUCGAAGCAUUCUUAUAUCUUGAUAAAAAUGGUGAUGGGAAACUAGACAAGAAGGACAUGAUCCAAGCUAUGAACGAUGACUUCCGAAAAGAGAAAUCUCCGACCCACAUCACCAUGAAUCGAUUUAAAGAGAUGGACUGGAAUAAGGAUGGGAAAGUCGGGUUCAGAGAAUUCCUAUUCUCUUUGAUCAACUGGGUUGGAAUCGAAUCCAACAACGAAGUCCAUAUCACUCACAUAUAGGAAUGGUAACAAUGUAAGAGUUAUGUAAAUAUGAUUAUAUACUCAACAUUUAGCUUCAUAAAAUUGUUUCUAUCUUCAUACAUAUCUGUAUAUUAUUUUUACAAAACCUUAAAUAACUACUAAAGUUGUGGUUUGAUUUACUGUAUUCCUAAAGCUUGAACUCUUCUAACUAAUGACAACAAUGAAUCAUUUCUUUCUUUC